CUCUUUCGAAAGCAGCAUGUUUCUACCUUUGUUUAUAGCUCCAAAUUCCAAUCUCCUCCCCCUUGGUUUCUAUAUAAACUCCCUACCAACGACGUUGAAUUGUGUCCAGCCAGUGACCUUCCUCACUCACAGCCUCAUAGCUGAUCUGAUCAACACUCGUUAGCUAGAUAGCUGGCCAGUAAGCAGCCACCAGCCAUGGGCACGGCUAAGCAGAACAAGCCGACGGCCGGAGGAGUGGCCUUGGCCGUCGCCGCCUGCGCGCUGUGCCUCCUGCCGGCGAUGGCCCGCGCGCAGCUCCGGGUGGGUUUCUACGACGCCACCUGCCCCAGCGCCGAGGCGCUCGUCCGGCAGGCAGUCGCUGCCGCUUUCGCCAGGGACGCCGGCCUCGCCGCCGGCCUUAUCCGCCUCCAUUUCCACGACUGCUUCGUCAGGGGCUGUGAUGCCUCCGUUCUCCUGACCGUGAACCCCGGCGGCGGCAAGACGGAGCGUGAAGCCGCGCCAAACAACCCGAGCCUGCGUGGCUUCGACGUGAUCGACGCCGCCAAGGCCGCCGUGGAGCGGAGCUGCCCGCGCACCGUCUCCUGCGCGGACAUCGUCGCCUUCGCCGCCCGCGACAGCAUCAACCUCACCGGCAGUGUCUCCUACCAGGUCCCCGCGGGCCGGCGCGACGGCCGCGUGUCCAACGAGACGGAGGCCCUCCUCAAUCUUCCCCCGCCCACCUCCACGGCGCAGAUCCUCACCGACAAAUUCGCCGCCAAGAACCUGACCGUGCAGGAGAUGGUCGUCCUCUCCGGCGCCCACACCGUCGGCCGAUCCUUCUGCAUCUCCUUCCUCAACCGCAUCUGGAAUGGCACCACCCCCAUCGUGGACGCGGGGCUGAGCCCGUCGUACGCGGCGCUGCUGCGGGCGCUGUGCCCGUCGAACGCGACGCAGACGACGCCCAUCACGACGCCCAUGGACCCCGGGUCGCCCAACGUGCUGGACAACAACUACUACAAGCUGCUGCCGCGCAACAUGGGGCUCUUCUUCUCCGACAACCAGCUGCGCGUGGACCCGGCGAUGGCCGCGCUGGUGACCGCCUUUGCGGCGAACGAGACGCUGUGGAAGGAGCGGUUCGCGGCGGCCAUGGUGAAGAUGGGCCGCACCGAGGUGCAGACGGGGAGGUGCGGGGAGGUCCGGCUCAACUGCAGCGUCGUCAACCCGACCUCGUCGUCGGUUGAGCUGGGUUCGAGUGCUUCGGCCGUCGACGAGGAGGGCGUUGCCGCGAGCUAGCUGAUGUCCAUCUCUUUCCGGCCGCCGCCGUCGUCGCGCGUCUCAUAAUUUGCGCGCGUGCAUGCAUGUCCCUUUGACGUGUACGUUUGAUCGAUCUGUUCGUGCUUUCGCGUGGCCUGUUGUUUUUUUGUUGCGUCGUCGAUGAUCUAUGUGUGAAACUGUACGUACGAAUGCCAGACUUUUGGACGUACGAAUGUGAGCAUCGUCGUCGUAGUCUGGAUAUGAGUGAUGUAUAAUAAGUACGUACGUACGUACGCGUGUGUGUUUCAUGUUUGUUGUCAUGAUAGCGGUCCGAUGAUGGAAGUACUUAGAAUCUGUCACUCCCAUAUUCUCUCAUCAUUGUUUGUUUUUUCA